CGCACUCUUUCGACUGCUCUCCCCCCCCCCUUCCUCCCCGGCCGUCUCCCCCUCCUGCGCCUCCUCCUGACGCCGUUCUUUGCUGCGGGGCCGUUUGGGCGCUGCCUGGUGGCCUCGGCUCCGGCUGUCUGUGGGGAACGGCCAUUAAAAAGCGAGCGAGCGGGCGGGCGGCCAUCGCGGCAGUCGCCAGCGCCUCAGGUGGACCCACCCCCUCGGUCCCCUCCCCCGCUCCCUGCCUCGCCGCCUCCCCGCCGCCGCGCAGAGAAACUGUCCGCUGCGGGGCUCCUCGCUCCGGCUGCCGCCUCCGUCCCCCCUUCUCGCCCGCCCGCCUCUGCCGCCGAACCCCGCUUCCGCCCCCCGCCCCUCCACCCACCGAAGAUGGCAGGCUGGCAGAGCUACGUGGAUAACCUGAUGUGCGAUGGCUGCUGCCAGGAGGCCGCCAUUGUCGGCUACUGUGACGCCAAGUACGUCUGGGCAGCGACGGCCGGGGGCAUCUUCCACAGCAUUACGCCUAUAGAAAUAGAUAUGAUUGUAGGAAAAGACCGUGAAGGUUUUUUUACCAAUGGUCUGACUCUUGGUGCAAAGAAGUGUUCUGUGAUCCGAGAUAGCCUCUAUGUGGAUGGUGACUGUACAAUGGACAUCAGGACAAAGAGCCAAGGAGGCGAACCAACAUAUAAUGUUGCUGUAGGCAGAGCUGGACGAGUCUUGGUCUUCGUAAUGGGCAAAGAAGGGGUCCAUGGAGGCGGAUUGAAUAAGAAGGCAUACUCAAUGGCAAAAUACUUGAGAGACUCUGGGUUCUAGUUGCUAGGCAGACUGUUAAGUAUUAGGGAAAAUUGCUAUUAAACUUUCCUGACAGUAAUCUACAUUGUGGAAACUUUAUUAGCAAUGCAGGGUGAUGGGGAAUGAACCUGUGUCUCCUUUGUAUCCCUCUAUUGGUGGGGAAAGGUGUUAUUCUUUCUUUAUUUCUGUUCAUCCUUGUUUCCUUGUGUACUCCAGCAUUGGUUAUGGUUAUGGGAAAGAGAAACUGUCCGAAGAGGGACACUCAAUAAGAAAGCUAAUGAACUGGCUUUAUACCUGCAGAGGUUUGAUAUCUAAACAACCUCUCCCCAUUCACAUAGCAACUCUCAUCACAAUCCUCGUGUUCACCGUACUACUAGCCUAAAGAUGGCAAUUUAUUUACACAUCUUUUCCCUGAUGUCAUGGCUUCAGUUACUCUUUAUGUUAAUCAUUGUUGUAUCCAUAUUCUGUAUCUGGCACCAUCUAUUGCAAACAGAUGAUAUGCAUGAUACAUUGAAGCCUUGGGAAAAAAAAUCAUGCUAAGUCCAGACUUUGCUUUGUCUUAGCAAAUAAUGUGACAUUGAGAACUAAACCAGUUUAAAUGAAGUGAAAUAAAGGUGCCGAUUGUACAAUCAAGAUUGAUCAAUGCCUCUUCAGCACUUUGAGCAUUUACACAGCUCAUUAGUCUUCCUUUGUAGAGCAUGGUUGGGAGGGGUAAAAUGCAUGCAUAUCUCUACUUUCUUCCCCCUUGUCCUCAUCCACUUUUUUGUUUCUUUGCUUUCAUCUUCUAUCUAUAAAUACAUUUUUUAAAAUACAGUGCCUGGUUUGUUUAACCAAUUUGCUGCUUGAAAGCUGUUAAAAUUGUUGCUCUAGUUUUGUUGUUGCUCUUCUGUGUAGACUUGCAAACUCUUCAUGAUGUCUGAAGCACAUCCUGCUUUAAAAGGGUAACUGCAAAACUAUGAAAAGGUGCCGAUGCACUUCUCCCAUCACCAAACCACCAUCACCAUCUUGAAUGAAUCCCCAGGGACAUUCCAUCACCACAAUAGCUCAGGCACGUAACUUUUUUUGCCAGCUCCUGUUCUGUAGUUGAACUGUAAAAAGGCUGCCAUCAUGGACUUUAGAUAUCCCAGUGUAACCAUCUGGAGUGUGUCCAGUUUCAUUUUUUUUCCAUAGGACCAAUUUUGAUUUGCAGCUUGGGUUUUAUAUGAUACUGCAGUGUCACCGUCAGCAAACUGCCACCUUUGGUUAUAUAGGUAGCACCUUGACUGACAUCUGUCUGUUGGAACGUUGAAAGGAUAUUAAGACUUGCUACUUUGAUACCAGUGUAUGUUUUGAAGGUUGGUAGUUUAAAAUAAAAGUCCAAAUAAUACCAUUUCAAAUCUAAUUUUCAUUUGGCCUGUCAUGCCCUAGCUGCAGAAAUUGUGAAGUAAAUUGCCUUGUGCAUUAGUCAUCUGAAACAUGUGUAAACAAAUUGUCAGUUUGAGCACGGUACUAACAUGUAUGUCCAUUUAAAAGAGAACUGCAGAACUCUGUAUACAGAAAAUGAAAGAUGGUCUUGGUUGGAAUAACUGAGUUGGCUGUCUUGUGAUAAAUUUUUAAUAUGUAUUCUGUGCCAUACUAAUGUUUAAAAAAAGGAUCUGUUGCUAUUGUGAGAUGGAUUUUAACUACAAGAAUGGCUUCUGAAUGGCACUACUUUAGGGACACUCUAGUAUUUGCUUCUAUUGUUUGAGCCUUGUGGAUAAUGUACAGACUUAAACAAAUUCUUGUUGCUGAUUUGUUCAUUUAUUUCCCUGCACUUUGUUACAUCUGGGAUACAGUCUAACUCAUCUGAUUUAAUAUGCAUUUCAAAAAAUGCCAUAACUAUUAAACACCUUGUUUACAGACAGAUGAAAUAAAUUUAUUCCAACCAAAUAAA